AUUCCAUGCUAGGUCACCCCUAAUGAGGAUCACCCUUCUGAUCUUGACACGUGUCCCUGAAUUCGAUGCUCAACCCAGCUCAUGGAGUCAGCGAAACCCGGUUCUGUUUCCCCCAAAACCCGGCUACAGGCGGGUUUUUAAUUGUAUAGAAAUUCUCCUUUUCCGGCUUGCUUUGAAAGAUUUGUCGCAUCGACCCGAAGUUUCAUGUUUCAUGUGGUGAAUUUUUACAAGAUCCGUCAUCGGUUUAUAUUGUUCCAACAUUUCAUUGUGUUGAAUGCGAAAGGGGAAAAAUCAAACUUUUCGAUCGUGGAGGCCCGGGAUCGAAGCAAAUUUGGGAGGUUAAGCAUGCAGCUGCAAAUUUCGUGAGGAAGGCAAUAGCAUUUCUUACUGUGGCAGAGAUUGGUUGUAUUGAGGUUCCAAUUAUUGUGUUACCCGAGGAAUAUUAGAUGAUGGAUCAUGUUGGUAUUCCUUCAACCUUGCAUCCCGCUUCACCUAUUCCUAUUCAUAAUUCAAAGAGUUUGCUGACAAAAAGACGUCUGACAUAUGAGGAAGUUGAUGCUGUUAAAAAAGGCAGUGAAAUACAGAAGACGCCAAAGAAUAAUUCAGAACUGCUUUUGGAAGAGAAACAGGUGUUACGUUUGGAUCCCCGCCGUUCCCCUCGUUUGGUUGAACAAGGCAAGAAAAUAGAAGAAAAGAAGGCGAAAGAUGAGGAUGAUUAUGCAGCAAAUGAAGCAUCUAGCACUGCCCUUUGUAAAAAUUGUUUAAAAAUUCUGAAUUACGCAACGGCAGAGGAAAAUGCAAAGAGUAAUACCAAUGCCAAACUGAUCUUCUUGAUCAGUUUGUUGAAGGAGAAAGUUGAGAAGUUAGAUAAGAAAAUAGAGAAGCUCUUUGUUAAAGUUGAGACUCGUAAUACGACUCUACAUGAGGAGGUGAUAGAGUGCCUUCGGUCUUACUUUCAGAAGAAGGCAAGCGCAGACCCCAUAAAAUCUGGUGCAGAGAGAGGCAGUAAAGUUGAUGAAGUUGUAGUUGGCAAUAAUAAUGGAGAGUUUGGUGAUGAUGGUGGUGAAUUUGCUCGAUUUGCGAAUAUAGAAGAACUUAUUAAUAUGUGUAGAAAAGUUGAGGCAUAGAAGGGUUUUAAUAAUGUCUUGUGUGGCAAGGAAUGGGUGUUUGAAAUCGAGUGGCUGUGAAGAACUUUAUUCAUCAUCACCCUAUGUAGCCGGAGGUACGUACUCCGUUAAUUUGGAGCCUCAUUUGAAGUCUGAAUUGUAGGUAUGUUUGAGUUUUGGCAGCUGUAGGUAUCCCUUGUUUUGCAGCAUAUGUAUAUUGCAAACUGGAACAUGAAUUAUGAUUAUUAUGGUAAGACUUAAAGCAACAUAUUAUUAGAGAUGAAACUAUAUUGAUUAACAUUAUUACUCAUAUCUUUUAUUUGUACAUUUGAAUUUCCCCUUACAAUCUUGCUUUGUAACUAGGAAUAUAUUCUUAUUGUCUUGGGUUGAUUUGUCUUCAAUUUAGAAGAAUGAUUGGUCCAUAUAUGAAAGUUGUUUAUGCUCUAUGUGAAAAAUGAAAGAAAUUCCCUAGUUUUGUCGAAUUUGACCAACUGAGUUUUUUUAACCCUAAUAUAUUCACCAGCAGUGAAUAUAUUAGUAAUCCUAUUUACAAUUCAUUUCCCACUGGAAUAUUUAUAAAUUUGGCUGCAUUGCGAGGAUUGUAGUCAUAUUUGUCUAUUACUCUUAGAAUAAUUGUGUAUAUCAUAAUUAGAUUCGAAAGAUAUAGUAUUUUGGCGUUUUGUAUCUAUAAUCAUUUAUCAUUGAAGAUUGAAUAUGUGUAGGCGCUCAUGGUUUGCAUGGCAUGGCAUUUUAUGUUUGUUGUACUAAUGGGUCACGGAUGUCUUGGUGAUACCCUAGUUUGUAACUUAAGUUACAUCAAGGCAAAAAAACAAUAGAGGUAGCUUUUUCCUCUCCACUUAUAUAAAUUUUGGCCCCCUUAAAAUUUAGAUUCCAGCUGGCUCUCCCUUGCAUUAUUGGAUAUUAUGCCCCAUAUAAAGCCUCCGUUGUCGUGCAUCUCUAAAUAGAAAGCAUUAUUUUAACUUGUAAGAUAAAUUAGCUACCGACAAAUGUGGUACGACAACUGUUGGACGGCAAGGAUGGAUUCCAUUCCACGCUCCCGACGUAUGUCAAUUUCAGAAAGUUGGAUUGCAUAGGACAAAAAUAUACCGAGGCCACAUUUGUUCCGAUGUUUUUAAGUCACUGAACAAUGAUUUCGAAGUUUACUUCUUAUUCUCUUUCUAUAUUGCGAAGCUUAUGGCAUUGAGGGACUGAUUCCGAUGAUUUUUUUUGCUC